CGGCGGGCCGGGCCGGGAGCUCCUCCCCGGGGGUGUAGCGCAGGAAGAGGUGGCGGUCGGGGGAGACGCCGCGAGCUCCGCGGGAGCGUGUGGAGUUACCGUUACCAUUUUACUAUGUGUGUGUCUUGUGUUACAGCCAUGCUGCACAUCAGCGGCCAGAGAGAGGGGAGAGGGGAGGAAAAGCCUGUUUACACAGACUGCAAACCGCCUGGGGAAUAAUGCAGGAAAGGAAGUGAGCCGGCUCUCUGUCUGACUGCUCUAACUUCCUGCUCUCUCUCUCUCUCUCUCUCUCUCACACACACACAGACACACACACACACCCCAACCAAGAAAAAAAAAAAGAAAAAAAGGGGGAAAAAAUCAGGAUCUCAUUACAAGAGCAACAGAGCGUUUGCAGAAGACUGUCAGUAUGGAAAACCAGGGGAUUUUACCCAGCUCCCUUUAAGCUACAAGGAGAGGCUGGAAAAGUCCCUCAGGCUCUGGGUAUGGAGAGUGCAAUCACGCUGUGGCAGUUCCUUUUGCAGUUGCUGCUAGACCAGAAACAUGAGCACCUGAUUUGCUGGACGUCUAAUGAUGGCGAAUUCAAGCUGCUCAAGGCAGAAGAAGUGGCUAAGCUGUGGGGACUCAGAAAAAACAAAACUAAUAUGAAUUAUGACAAGCUGAGCCGAGCGCUCAGAUACUAUUAUGACAAGAACAUCAUCAAGAAAGUGAUCGGACAAAAAUUUGUGUACAAGUUUGUCUCCUUUCCUGAGAUUUUAAAAAUGGAUCCACAUGCUGUGGAGAUCAGCCGAGAGAGCUUUUUGCUGCAGGACAGCGACUGUAAGAUGCCUUCGGAGAGCCGGGAGCAGCACAAGCACAGCUUGUCAGCACUGAAAAGCACAAGCCGAAAUGAGUAUAUCCACUCUGGCCUGUACUCCUCUUUCACCAUCAACUCGCUGCAGAACCAGCCAGACCCUUACAAGCCAAUCAAAACAGAAAAACUGGAGGAAAAGUCAGAAGGAAACACACCCGUGGAAGAGGUUCGGACUGUUAUAAGAUUUGUGACAAACAAAACAGACAAACAAGUCAUGAGGCCCAUGGUGUCGUUGCCUUCUACUUCCGAAACAGCGGCUGCCUCUGCUUUUCUCAGCUCUUCGGUAUCAGCUAAAAUAUCUUCCUUUAUGUUACCCAACAGUGCUAGCAUUUCAUCUCCUUCAUCGUCGUCCUCCAGGUCCCCGUCUCUGUCUCCCACCUCGCCGCUCCCUGCAGAGCACAGGAGCCUCUUCUUUGAGUCCAGUUGCCACGACUCAGAUUCGCUUGAGCCUCUGAACCUCUCUUCAGGCUCCAAGGCAAAAUCUCCGUCUCUUCCCCCAAAGGCUAAAAAACCCAAAGGCUUGGAAAUCUCCGCCCCACCUAUGGUUCUUUCCGGCACCGAUAUUGGUUCCAUUGCCCUCAACAGCCCCGCGCUUCCUUCAGGAUCCCUGACUCCAGCUUUCUUCACUGCCCAGACCCCAAAUGGAUUAUUGCUGACCCCAAGCCCGCUGCUGUCUAGCAUUCACUUCUGGAGCAGCCUCAGUCCUGUUGCUCCUCUGAGUCCUGCCAGGCUGCAGGGACCGAACACUCUGUUCCAGUUUCCAACUCUGCUAAAUGGUCACAUACCAGUGCCACUACCCAGUCUGGAUGGAGCCUCUUCUCCAGUACUGCUUUCUCCAAAUGCUCAGAAAUCCUGAUGAUGCCUCAUCACGUUAAGGACUCAUUGGUGGAUUUAACACUUCAUUCCUAUGGUCUAGUUUUUCCUGUGUCAUGAGAAGGACAUUGUGAAACCCUCUAUUACUUUGGUUUGCACUUUUCAUUACAUGGAUAAUCUACUUUUAUUAUGUUAGCAUUUUUAAACAGUGUUUAUAUAUAAAAAUAUAUAUAAAUCUGUUUUGCAUUAAAUGAAUUAUAAUUUUUUUAUAUCAUAGCUCUCAAGUGUUGAACACUUCUGUUGUUGAUGAAGUACUUCUCUUAAUGGAUUGCAACAAUGUAUCUAAUAAGGAUGUGAAGCUUCUUUUAAUCCCCUUUUCUGCAUAUUAUGCAUUGUGCUUGUGUAAACUAUAACCGGCUGUGCCUUCUUUUGCAUAAUGUCAUGUAAAUGAUUUAUAUAUUUUCUAGUAUUAAGAUAAAAAGUUGAAAGACAAAACUAGUAUUGAACAGCCCUAUGGUAGUAUUUCAGUAUUUUCUCCACAGAUAGGCCAUAUGAUGCAGUGUAUUCAUGUAACUUUGUAUUAAGUGCUUUCAAAUUGUAUAAAAAUAGCCUUAUAAUUUUUCUUUGCUGAAUUGAAAGAUGUAAUAAAUGUUACAGUCAGGAAGUGCAUUUAAGAGUAACAAAGCCACAUUUACACACUCAUGCCCAAAUUCUUCUGUGGAGUUGCAACCGGGAGGAACCAGGCUGUGUAUAUUCAUGAAACAUUUCCAGCAUUGGAAAGUGCUUCUGUAGAAAAUGAGACUUUGCUCAGAAUUUAUUUGGCAUGUACUUCUUACAAACUGCCAACAUUACAGCUGGAAAGACUGUAGGUAAUCUCUGUCCUCCCAGGGAAUGAGGAUCAUUCCUGACGGCGAAUUUCCAGGUGCUUUGUUCAGUCAUGCCAAGUGCCUUCGACCAUUUCCCUUGAAAGAUUAUUCUAGCUACUAAAGCUCAGAAGGUCACAUUUCCCCUUCCCCCGAAGCUGCAAAAGUUGUAGGACUGUAAAUUAAUGUCUGGUGCUUGUAAAGAGGCAUACUGUACCUGUGGGAGGUUUCUACAUAAACAUCUGAAUUCUGGAUUAAAAAACAACACUGUGUUACUAUGUGUUUGCAACUUUAACUUAUUAGGUAUGUCCUCUACCUUGAGGUGAUGGCUUAGUCAUCUAAAUGUCAGGUUAGGAUUAGGCUAGACUCCCUGGCACCACAGAUUCUAAUCUUGGCAGGGCUGAUGCAAAUCUUCAGUUUUCUGAGGCGGCUAAAUUGGGUUGAACACAGUUUUACCAUGUAGGUCUUUCAGAUGAGACCUUAAAAAAAACCCAAACCAAAAUCAGGAUCCUUGCUACAGAUCAUUAAAGACUCUGCUCUGCUUUCUGGCCAAGCAGCUAGUAAAAAGUCCGUUCUUUUUUAAUUUUAUGCAGUGAGUUGUUUGCUGAUUUUCUGCCUGGAUGCAUUUCAGUGAUGACGUGUGUGGUUAAGCUGUAAAGUGCUUUUGGAUCCUUCAACAUGAAAGGUGCUAAAUAAACAUUUUAUUAAUGCAGCUCUGAUGUUUAAAAGCCAUUUUUGGGGCAGAGGUAGUCUGACAAAAGACAGCAGGAAUUUUCCUCAGGCUCCUGGUUGCACAACCAAAAAUGACUCCUCAGUUUCACUUAGAGUAAUUAAGUGAAUAAAAAAACUGCCAUAUGAAGCACCAGUGCCAAUAAACAUAGCAAUUUGAUGUAAGGGAUAAGAGAAAAGAAUAAAACAAACAAGAAGUUUUUCACUAAAUUCAGCAUUGUAAGAGCUCCAAGAGGUACUAUCCCGUACAGUCAAAAAGAGCAGAUGAACCGAUGCAAAAUUUAUGAGCGAAAAGAAAUUUUAGAUAAGUAAACUCAAAAUAGGUUGGGAGACAGCACAUAACCAAUGAGACUGUCUAGUCUAGUGGCGAUUAAAUCACAAAGGCUUGCAGAUCAAACAUUUCCCUUUUAAAAGAUGUAUUCUCUCAGGUACAUGGAAUUUUCCUUCCAUAACUAACUUACAUACAGGCAAUUAUUUACUCUCCAGGGCCAACUAUCUCCUCAUUUUUUCCAAAGCUGUAACUAUCUACUUCAGUGGAGUUGCACCUUGCAUAUACUGGUAUAGUUGAUGGGAGAACAAAGGCACAGAGAUGAAGUAUUUCGUGUUUCUCGCUAUGAGUUUAAAAAGUAAAGAUAUUCAUGAAGUAUUUGGUCCUGAAGUUAAUAAAAAGUAUUGCUGAAUACCACACUGCAAUAAAGGAAAAAAAGAAAAACAGAUUGAGAGGAGGGAGUGCGUGACAGAGAAAAGAUUCUUACAGUAAAAGGCACCCAGAUUCUGCUAAUUCUGUUUCUUCCAACGUUUUACUCCUAUUAAUAAGGCAGAAUUUUCCAUUUUAAAAGGCUGACAGCCCCCCCAACUUUUGUGGGUUUAUUUUUUUUUUCAAGAUGGUAGAAAAUAGUAACACUAGGAAAAAAUUCUCAGCAAAUUACUGUAAAGGAUCCAAGAGAAUCCAGCAAAAGAUUUCCAAGGGAAGACACCUAGAAACAGGAAAGUAGCACUGUCUUCUCAUCUUUGAGGGAAUAAAAAAAUACAACAUCUUCUUUUGCUGGUAAACUUUACAAUUAAAAAAAUAGAUUGUCAAAAUAAAAUCUGCCUUGCAAACUGAUCAGUAUGUGGAAGAAAAACUCUUACUGUUGUGGACAGAACAGAAUUAUACAGAUUAAGUCCAGCCUCUCAAGUCAAACACUUACCUAAAACACUAGAUUACUGUGCUUUACGCUUCAAAGAAAAUAUUCUAUUGGUAAUUUUCUAUUGAAUUUUAUUAACAGAUAUCUUUUUAACUGUAGAGAAAAAAUCAAAUAAAUGUUUGUAAAAUAAA